AUGCACAGAACUUACUCCCUCAGAAACUCAAGAGCGCCAACCGCCUCCCAAUUACAAUCGCCUGCCCCUCCUCCAUCAACCACCAAAAAGCACUACUUCGGUAAGAGCGGAAUUGCUUCUUCCUUGAGAAUUAACACCGCUGGCUCAUUUGGUCCGGAAUUGGCUAAGAAAUUGGCUCAGUAUGUCAAGAUGGAAAAGAACGUUAUGAGAGCCCUCGAGUUGGCUGCCAAUGAACGUCGUGCUGUUGCUAAACAAUUGUCUGUUUGGGGUGAAGAAAAUGACGACGAUGUUUCCGAUAUCACUGACAAAUUGGGUGUCCUCAUCUAUGAACUCGGGGAAUUGGAUGACUUGUUUAUCGACCGUUAUGACCAAUAUCGUUUGACUAUCAAGUCUGUCCGUAACAUUGAAGCUUCUGUCCAGCCUUCCCGUGACCGUAAGGCCAAGAUUACCGAUAAGAUUGCUUAUCUUAAAUACAAGGACCCACAAUCACCAAAGAUUAUGAUUUUAGAACAAGAAUUGGUUCGUGCUGAAGCCGAAUCUUUGGUUGCCGAAGCUCAAUUGUCUAACAUCACUAGAGAAAAAUUGAAGUUGGCUUUCAACUAUCAAUUCGACUCUAUCAGAGAACACGCCGAAAAAAUGGCCCUCAUUGCCGGUUACGGUAAAGCUCUUUUGGAAUUGUUGGAUGAUGCUCCAGUUACUCCUGGUGAAACCAGACCAGCUUAUGAUGGUUACGAAACCUCUAAGCAAAUUAUCAUUGAUGCUGAAAACGCUUUGAGAAACUGGACUUUGGACUCCGCCGCUGUUAAGCCAACUUUGAGCAUCCGCCAAGUGGACGAUGUCUACGACACUUCUGAUGAAGAAGCCCUUGAAAAUGAAGAAUAUCAAAAGCACAGAGAAGAUUUGGACAAAGAAUUGAAUGGAUUGGCUGAAACCGAAGAGAACUUCACCCAAGAAGAACAUCCUGAAGAAAAAGCUACUGCUUAA